AUGACAAUUGCAAAUGAUGAUCACGACCGGCGGCAGGCCAAGGCGCCAUCAUCCUCCCCAGCUACGACUCCAGAGCCCCCCUCUCGCGACAAUGCACCGUUUGUUAGCACUCGACCAGACACGCGAUCGCCCAUAUUAUCACAAAGAUCACUCAGCCAGCUAGGCUUCUUCGCCGCCGGGGCGGGUUUCCUAUCUCUUUCGGUUCUCAUUACGCGACGCGCCAUUCUUCGCAAGCACUUGACCGCGAUACCCUUAUUCUUUGAACAGAGCAACAAGCCAGCCAGCAAACUAAGCGGGGAUGGAGGCUUGGUAGCUGUUGAAGCGUUGGGGCUUGCGACACUCAACACUAUGGGAUUCGGUAUCAUGGCGACAGGUGGCUUGUCCUGGGCUUUUGACCUCUCGAGCGUGGAAGAACUACGCGCGGCGGCUAGGAAACAGAUCGUGGGAGAGGCCGGGGACAUUGAUGAGGCCGCUGAACGCGAGGUGGCCGAAUACUUCUCCAACCUUCUGAGCGGUGGUGACAACAAGGAAGGCAAGCCCUCGGUCACGGAAGCAGUUGGCAAUCUCCUACGGCUGAAGGAUCAAAAAGGCGACCAGCAGCCAAGCACAAAACCCCCUACAUCAAAGGAUAGCUGA